AUGUUGGACUCGGCCAUUGACUCUUUGAAACAAAACGGAGUCAGGUAUUUUCUCAAGUGUGCCCUCGUCAGGAAAGCCAUUGUCCUGUUUAGGCAGGGAGACCAUCCACAUUCUUUAGAGUACUUCAGCAAGGCGAGAUCUAUGACUGCCAUAUCUGAAGAAUGUACCGAUCCAUUCCUCAAAGUCUCUAAACUUCAGGAGGAAGAAGAAGAUUUAACAGCGGAAAUUUAUGAAACUAUUCCCAUGAUAUUUAGUGGUAACAAUGUUGAAGCCAGAGAACAACUGAACCAGCUGAGGAGAAAGUUGAAAGAAAAAAGUUUUGACCACCCUGAGUUAUCUACCCUGUUGAACAACAUUGGGCUCACAUGUCAAAGAGGCAACAAGGACUCGAGAGCGGCCCUCAAGUGGUACAAGAAGGCGUAUCUAGAGCGACGGCACCUGGAGAAGAUCUGCCCUGAAAGUCUAGUCGUGAUGUUGAACAACAUCGGGAUGAUUCAUUACGAGCUCAAGGAGCUGGACACCGCCAAGACUUACAUCAGAAAAGCUGUUGAAAUAGGCCGCAGAAGUCGGUGGCCCCACAGCAACACGGCCCUGGCGUUUGUGCACCUGUCAAUCAUCAACUUCAAGGAAAAGAAUUUCAUGGAGACGCUCCGGCUGCUGGUGGAGGCCGAUACUAUGAUGCUGACAAUCGGCAGGAACUACGAAUUUCGGCUCCGGAUCACGGAGUCACUGCUCCACGUUCGCGUCAUCAUUAGCCAGCUGGGGCUGACCCCAGGAGCCGGGGAGAGUGAAGACGUGGAGCGGCUCCUGAAGAAAUCUGCAGCAGACAUUCUCCGGGACCUGCUGGCCAUCGGAUCCACAGUCAAGGGCCAUCUAAGCGAUGAGGGCCACAGUCGCAUGCUCGCUGCCUACGAACACGGGAUCAUUUUACACUGGAAUGUUCUAGAAGAACGCGAGCAGUACAAACAGGAGCUGCUGCACUACGCCCACGCCAACGGUUGGGUGCGAAGUGUUCUGUUGUCCAACAAAGACAUCACACGCUCCAAGUCUGAACAGCUGGUCAAACACAGGCCGUUGUAUGAUUACCUGGUGAGGACAGAAGACUUGCAACUCUCAGAGGUAACAAGACACGUCUUUGAUACCUGCACUUACUGUGCCAUAGUUAGACAGUACUACACCGACCAGAUCUGGUCCAACCACGUACAGCAACAGCAGAUGGUCGCUCGCGGAUAAAGAUGGGAUCUAAAUAUAACAAUACAGACAGAUAACUCUAGGAUAUAUAUUUCUCCUGUAUACUAUUUAAUAU